AUGGUACCCAACGCACCUCUAUCGCCGAUGCAGUCGGCUCCGGCCUUGUCCGCAUCACCUUCAUCCGGCCCCCGAAAACGCUCAAUUCAUGAGGUUGAUGAUACCCACCUACCCUCGCCAAAUGCGAAGCGACCAUUGACUGAGUUCGUCGGCAAAAACCAAGAAAAUCGCGAUCCAUCUCUCCCCUCACAACCUGACGACACUACUUCCCCGCCAGUUGAAAUUAAAAAUAAUUUUCCACCUCCCCCUUCGGUCGAAAUCGUGAUGAGAAGGACACCACGCAAAGAAAAUGAAGCUGGUACCGGGGGAUCAACAUCCCCAGGCACCAAUGGCGUUUCUAACCCUGAUCCUCAUACCCCGGCCCCUAAGAAGCGCAAGGUAGUCUCUGCUGGCACAGAUUCCAAGCAAAAAGAAAAGGAAGCCAAAGAGCGCCAGAAGGCCGAGGAGAAAGCGAAAAGGGAGGAAGAGAAGGCGAAGAAAGAGGAGGAGAAAGCCAAGAGAGAAGAAGAGAGGCGCGUGAAGGCAGAGGAAAAGAAGAAGCGCGACGCUGAGCGUGAGGGAGAGAAACGGCACAGAGAGGAAGAGAAGCGCAAAAAAGAAGCCCAACGUGAGGAGGAGCGCAAGCAGCGCGAUGAAAAGAAGAAAGCAAAGGAAGAUGAAAAGGCCGCCAAGGAAGAAGAGAAACGUAAGAAGGAUGAGGAGAAAGAGAAGAAGACCAGAUCGCAAACGAAACUGAACUCCUUCUUUACCAAACCACCGAUAUCUUCCGCUUCAUCAGGGCAGGUCAUCACCGCUCCUUCGCCUAAGAAGGCAUCAACUACAGCCGAUUCCUCUUGCGAAACUCGUGGCGUGCAGUCAGACUAUGAGCGAGAGUUUCCUGCUUUCUUUUUGCAGUCUCAUACAAGUGUGGCACCUCCUCAUCGGUUUGAGCGUGACUCUGAUGCCCUGAAGCACGUACGCGAAACAAUCGAUACAUGUCUACGCAACGAAACCCCCAUCCAAACAUAUCCAUUCCGUCCAUCAGAAGUCUUCCAGAUAAUUCCCUUCCGCCGCGGGCAUCAGCCAACCUCAGUCAAGGACAUACUGCUGCAACUACAAAUAUCUGACGAUCCAAGUCAACCUACUCAAAACCAGAGCGUAAUCCCAACUCCGAGACCACAAGAACUUCUACGGAAAGUCACGAUGAAAUCUCUCAAGUUUGGCGAGGACAUCCGCCCUCCCUAUCAGGGAACUUAUACCCGUCCCGUGUCCGAGUUAUCCACGAGAAGACUUGCGCGGAAUCCCUAUCACCGAGGGCUGCCGGAUACCGAUUACGAUUAUGAUUCCGAGGCAGAAUGGGAGGAACCCGAGGAAGGAGAAGAGCUGGACUCUGAAGAAGAAGAUGAAGGCAGUGAUGAAGGCGAAGAUGAUCUCGAAGGUUUCCUGGAUGACGAGGAUGAUGUCCUUGCCGGGGGUAAACGCCGUCUCAUCGUUGGUGAUUUAGAGCCGGUCUCUACUGGAAUUAAGUGGGCCGGCAAUGGCGUCGACCCUGAAAUGGAGGUCUAUCGGAUGGAGACUAUAUCUGAUGCAGUCAAGUUCCCCAUCGACCCCUUCUCAACCGCAUACUGGGAGAAGCCCAAGCCCGUGGAUCAAGUACCUGCGAAAGCGCGACCUGUGACAGCCAUAGACGGCUUCCUUGUUCCUGCAGUCCCUGGAGCACUGGCGACGGGCAGUGCUUUACCUCCCACAUCGAAAGCGAAACGGCCAUUCCCGCCAGAUCAACUCGUUGAAUUCAAGGAAGCAGUUGAAGGCAGUGAUCUCAGUAAGAUUGGGUUGGUCGAGAUCUUGAAGAAACGAUUCCCCAAGGUGUCCAAGGAUACACUGAAAGCCACCCUCGAUCAGGUUGCUGCUCGUGUCGGACAAAAAGAAGUUGACAAGAAAUGGGUCUGUCGCUGA